CCUCUGUCCUGCGCUGAUUGGCACAGGCCCGGAAGUGGAUGGCGUGGACUGAGGGUCACACCGUGGAGGAAGCAGUUCAGACGAGGAGAGAAAAGGAGCCAGGGAUGUCUCUUCCUCAGGAACGCCUGACCUUCAGGGAUGUGGCUAUAGAAUUCUCUUUGGCGGAGUGGAAAUGCCUGACCCCUGUGCAGAGGGCUUUAUACAGGAAUGUGAUGUUGGAGAACUACAGGAACCUGGAGUCUGUGGACAGCAGCAACCUCAAUUGUAGUUCAUUCUUAAGGAAAUAUCAAAUAAGUCAUUUAGGAAGCAAACAAUAUGAAUGUGAUGUGUGUGGCAGGGUCUUUAAUGAGAAGCGAUGUGUUGAAAGCCAUCACAGAUGUCACACUGGUGAGAAACCUUACAAGUGUAAUAACUGUGGCAAGUCCUUCAGUCACAAGUCAUGGCUUCAACGCCAUCAUAGAGUUCAUACUGGAGAGAAACCUUACAAGUGUCACGAGUGUGGCAAGACCUUUAGUCAGGUUUCAUCCCUUACUUGCCAUCGUAGACUUCAUACUUUACAGAAACCUUACAAGUGUCAUGAUUGUGGCAAGACCUUCAGUCAAAAGUCAUCCCUUACAUGCCAUCAUAGACUUCAUACUGGAGAAACACCUUACAAGUGCCAUGAGUGUAGCAAGACCUUCAGUCAAAAGUCAUCCCUUACAUUCCAUCAUAGAGUUCAUACUGGAGAGAAACAUUACAAGUGUAAAGAGUGUGGCAAGACCUUCAACAAAAUGUCAUCUCUUACAUACCAUAGUAGACUUCAUACUGGAGAGAAACCUUACAAGUGUCAUGAGUGUGGCAAGAACUUCAGUCAAAAGUCAUCUCUUACAUGCCAUCAUAGACGUCAUACUGGAGAGAAACCUUACAAGUGUCAUGAGUGUGGCAAGAACUUCAGUCAAAAGUCAUCCCUUACACGCCAUCAUAGACGUCAUACUGGAGAGACACCUUACAAAUGCAAUGAGUGUAGCAAGACCUUCAGUCGAAAGUUACACCUUACAUACCAUCAUAGACUUCAUACAGGAGAGAAACCUUACAAAUGUACGGUUUGUGACAAGGCUUUUGUGCGUGAUUCACACCUGGCACAACAUACUAGAAUUCACACUGGAGACAAUCCUUACAAGUGUAUUGAAUGUGGCAAGACCUUCCGUCUUCAGUCAUCCCUUACACGCCAUCAUAGACUUCAUACUGGAGAAAAACCUUUCAAAUGUAAGGUUUGUGACAAGGCUUUUAGACAAUAUUCACAACUUACACGACAUACUAGAAUUCACACUGGUGAGAAACCUUACAAGUGUAGUGAAUGUGGCAAGACCUUUAGUCGAAAUUCAUCUCUUGUAAUUCAUGAGGCAAUUCAUACUGGAGAGAAACCAUACAAGUGUAAUGAAUGUGGCAAGGUUUUUAAUCGCAAAUCAAACCUCAUAUGUCACGAUAGACUUCAUACUGGAGAGAAACCUUACAAGUGUAAUGAGUGUGGCAAUAGCUUCAGUCAAAAAUCAUCCCUUACAUGCCAUCGUAGACUUCAUACUGGCGAGAAACCUUACAGAUGUAAUGAGUGUGGAAAGACCUUCCAUCAAAUGUCAUCCCUUACAUAUCAUCACAGAGUUCAUACUGGAGAGAAACCUUUCAAAUGUAAUGAGUGUGGCAAGACCUUCAGUAGUAAUUCUUCACUUGUAAUUCAUGAGGUAAUUCAUACUGGAGAGAAACCGUACAAGUGUAAUAAGUGUGGCAAGACCUUCAGUCAAAAGUCUUCCCUUACAUGCCAUCAUAGACUUCAUACUGGAGAAAAACCUUACAAAUGUAAGGUUUGUGACAAGGCUUUCAGACAAGAUUCACACCUUACACGACAUACUAGAAUUCACACUGGAGAGAAACCUUACAAGUGUAAUGAGUGUGGCAAGACCUUUAGUCGAAAUUCAUCACUUGUAAUUCAUGAGGCAAUUCAUACUGGAGAGAAACCAUACAAGUGUAAUGAAUGUGGCAAGGUUUUUAAUCGCAAAGAAUACCUCAUAUGUCAUCACAGACUUCAUACUGGAGAGAAACCUUACAAGUGUAAUGAGUGUGGCAAGACCUUCAGUCAGCUGUCAUCCCUUACAUGCCAUCAUAGACUUCAUACUGGAGAGAAACCUUAAAAGUGUAAUGAGUGUGGCAAGACUUUCAGUAAAAAGUCAUCCCUUACAUGCCAUCGUAGACUUCA